AUGGCCCACGAGAGACGGAAGUCAGGACGACGAAGCAGAGGUCCUGCACAUCACAGAGAGCCCGGAAAGGAACGCUGGCUGCCCGACCCGACCCGCUUCUCCAAGUAUGAAACAUUGGUGCGAGCCACGGCGAGAGUCUUGGCGUUCGCGGACAUCGCGCGACGCAAGACACCACACCUGGAAGUGGGACACCUGAAGCGGGCGGAGCUGUUAUUAAUGCAACAGGCGCAAAGGGAGAGCUUCGGGGAAGAGCUGCAACGAUUGAAGUCUUCCCAGCCGGUACAAAGGACGAGUCGGCUAUUCAAGCUGGACCCGGUGUUAGAAGAUGGCGUGCUGCGAGUCCGGGGACGCAUCGGAGCAGCCACAGUCCCGGAUGACGCCAAACGACCGGUCAUCUUGGACGGCCGACACCCCGUCACGAAGCUCAUCGUGCUGCAAGAACACUGUGCCGCAGGUCACGCAAAUAGGGAGCGCGUGACCAACGACCUGCGGCAAAAAUAUUGGAUAAUACACCUGAGGCCCACCGUGCGCACCGUGGAACGAGACUGCGCACUGUGUAAGGUGCGACGCACGAAGCCGCAGCCACCGGCCACGGGAGAUCUACCCCGUGCCCGCUUGGACCCGUAUCAUCGGCCCUUCUCCAACUGCGGAGUGGACUACUUCGGGCCGAUGAUAGUGAAGAUCGGACGCCGGCGAGAGAAGCGUUGGGGCGCGCUGUUCACCUGUCUAACGACACGCGCCAUACAUCUGGAGCUCGCCGCAUCCCUGUCAACGGAUUCGGCCAUCAUGGCGUUGCGCAGGACGGCAGCAAGAAGAGGAUGGCCGAAAAUAAUGUAUUCCGACAACGCCACAAACUUCAGGGAGCGGAUGAAGAGCUACGAGCGGCCUACAAGGAGUGGCAACCCGAGCUACGCAACGUCGGGCUGCUGCAUCGGAUGGAGUGGCGCUUCAUCCCUCCGGGCGCACCAACCAGGGAGGUGCGUGGGAACGGAAAAGGCGCCGUCCGAAGAAACCCUACGGACGUUGUUGGCUGAAGCCGAACAUUCAGUCAACUCAAGACCACUGACCCACGUGAGCGUCGACCCGAGGGACCCGGAGGCGCUCACGCCCAAUCUAAUUUUGUUGGGCUCAUCAUCGGGCCUUCCCACAAUCGGACCCUGUGAAGACGUCGAUCGACGGGCAUGGCGAGCGGCGCAAGCGUUGGCGGACAACUUCUGGCGCCGGUGGAUAGCGGAGUACCUACCGACCCUGGUACCCCGCGGCGAGUCAACAAGAAGAGUUCGUCCGCUGCGCGUGAACGACGUGGUCGCCAUCGCCGACCAACAGCUGCCGAGGAACGUGUGGCCGCUGGGGAUCGUCCAGCGCACGUUCGAGGGACCCGACGGAGCCAUACGAGUCGCUGAAGUCAAGACAAAGAGCGGCGUAUUUCGACGCCCGGUGACGAAGAUCGUCGUGCUGCACCCGGAGGAGGAGGCUGCGCGAGCUACGCCGGGGAGGAUGUUAGCGACACGACGACUUCGCGGCCGCCGUGACACUGAGGCCCGUCGACGACGCUGCCUAAGGAGCGACGUUACGGGACGGCGGACGCAGCGGGACUGA